GACGUGGACUUGUUUACCGUGUCCGGAAGUGCGGUGGCUUUUUGGCCAGCUCGGAUCCUUUCAUUACGGACCUCUGUUGGUUUUUGUGGCCAGCUCAACCAAAGGACUCGUUAAUUAUUCAGCUCUAACGUGUAAUUGUUUGACGUGGACGGUACACACAGAUGACCGUGUUACGGCUCCAAACUUUGGAUACAAUCUAGCUCAAGGCUAGCUAGCUAACAGGCUAACAGGCUAAGAAAGCUGUCAGCUGACUGAAAGUUUAGUUUAGAAAGUAGUUUAAGUUUUAACUGAAGAAUGAGUAAGAGCCAGAAGGUACCCGGUCUUGUUCUCUACCGGGCUGUGCUUUAGUUUCACUGCUCAGGUAACAGUGAUGGUCAGGACAUUGGGGACAUAAAUACUGCCAGCUGGACUUAAGACAGCCGACUUUAGGUGCUUUAAGAUGGAAGAGAAAUACAGCAGCAACGUACUCUCCGGAGGAAAACUGGGCAUGGUCGAAGUGCCUAAUUCUAGGUUAACCAGAUACAUAGUUCUACUGGUUGUCACGAAGGUCCUCAAGGCUCUUGGGAUCUUUGAAUCUUAUGAUAUCCUAAAAGUUGUUCACAUUGUCCAGUUCAUCUUCAUACUAAAAUUAGGGAGUGCUGUUAUUCUGCUUUUCUUUCAAAAGCCUUUUUCCUCCGGCAAAGUCAUCUCAAAAAGACAGUGGAUAAAGUUACUAAAGCAUGCUGUUUUCAGCUGUGUCAUAUCCCUCCUGGGCUUCUUCGGUCUGACUCUCUGUGGACCUCUAAGGACAUUGUUGCUUUUAGAGCACAGUGAUGUGGUGGUCAUCGCUCUCCUUGGUGUCCUGUUCACAAGCUCGGGAGGCGGGCCUUCAAAGACCAGAGGUGCUGCUCUCUUCAUCAUCGCUGUGAUUUGCCUCCUCCUCUUUGACAACGACGACCUCAUGGCAAAGAUGGCCGAGCAUCCCGAGGGACAUCAUGACAGCGCGCUCACUCAUUUCCUCUACACAGCCAUUGCAUUUUUAGGGGUUGCAGAUCAUAAAGGGGGUGUAGUGCUGCUGGUGGCCUCCCUGUGCCUGAAGGUGGGCUUCCACACGGCCUCCAGGAAACUGUCAGUGGAAAUUGGUGGUUCGAAACGCCUCUAUGCCCUUGACAACCUGGUUUCUGCUAUUGUCCUGCUCCCCUGGGUCAUAGUGCUCUCAGUGACCACAGAAAGUAAAGUAGAAUCAUGGUCCGCCCUCAUCCUGCCGUUCGGGAUGAUCAUCCUCUCUGUAAUGAUUCUGGAGUUUUACGUGGAGGCCAUCUGCAACACAAAGAUGGAGACGCCAAGGUGCGCCCGCUACGGCGCCAUUGCCCUCUUCCUCAGUGCCCUGCUGCUGGCCAACUUCUGGACUCACCCGCUUACAGACCAGCUGCGCUCCAUGAGCAAACCGCCCCAGGAAGUCAGCACAGAGCAUGUGCUCUCGGGAGGAGUGAUAGUCAGCGCCAUCUUCUUCAUCAUGUCCUCCAGUAUUCUCUCGUCUCCGUCAAAGAAAGGUCAUAAGGGUACCCUGGUGGGUUACUCGCCUGAAGGGACCCCUCUGUACAAUUUCAUGGGUGACGCCCUGCAGCACACAUCGCAGUCCCUCCCAAGGUUCAUCAAAGAUUCUCUGAAACAGAUCCUGGAGGAAUACGAUUCCAGACAGAUCUUCUACUUCCUGUGUCUUAACCUGGCUUUCACCUUCGUGGAGCUGUUUUAUGGUGUCUGGACCAACAGUCUGGGACUAAUCUCUGACGGCUUCCACAUGCUGUUUGACUGCUCGGCUUUAGUCCUUGGACUAUUUGCUGCCCUCAUGACGCGCUGGAAAGCCACCAGGAUCUUCUCCUACGGGUAUGGUCGUGUGGAAAUACUCUCUGGAUUCAUCAAUGGCCUGUUCCUGAUGGUCAUCGCUUUCUUUGUCUUCGUUGAAUCAGUCACCCGUGUGUUGGAUCCUCCUAAUAUAAACACAGACAUGCUGACUCCGGUGUCUGUGGGAGGCUUACUGGUCAACCUGGUGGGUAUCUGCGCUUUCAGUCACGCUCACGCUCACGCCCACGGCGGAAAGAGCUGCUCGUCAAAUGACCACGGUCGCUCGUCAAAUGACCACGGUCACUCGCACCACGGUCACUCCCACAGUGAGCACAGCCACGGAGGUCACGGUCACUCUCAUGGAGGGCAUGGGCACAGCGGACAUGGGAACUCCCAUGGCUCGGGGGGAGGAGGAGGCAUGAACGCUAACAUGAGAGGUGUUUUCCUCCACGUCCUGGCCGACACGUUGGGCAGCGUCGGUGUGAUCGUCUCCACCAUCCUCAUCCGUCAGUUCGGCUGGUUGAUUGCUGACCCUAUAUGCUCGCUCUUCAUCGCCGUGCUUAUUUUUCUCAGCGUCAUCCCUCUGCUGAAGGACGCCUGCGAGGUUCUUCUUCUAAGAAUUCCCCAAGAAAAUGAGAAGGAACUGAACAGUGCGCUGGAAAAGAUUGAGAAGAUCGAAGGAGUUCUGUCAUACAGAGACUCUCAUUUCUGGAGGCAUUCAGCCAACAUGAUCGCAGGGACCAUCCACCUCCAGAUCAUGGCAGAUGUGGUGGAGCAGAGGAUCAUACAGCAGGUGACGGCCAUUUUGAAAGAUGCCGGGGUGAAUAAUCUGUCGGUCCAGGUGGAGAAGGAGGCGUACUUCCAGCACAUGUCUGGACUCAGCACAGGAUUUCAGGAAGUUCUGGCAAUGACGCAGCAGAUGGAGUCCAUGAAAUACCUGAAUGACGGGACGUGUAUCAUGUAACGACCAUCUGUUGGACCAAACAAAUACUUCUGUCUCUUUUUCAUUGAAAUGUACAGUAUAUGUAUGUAAGUGGUUUGAAAUAAAUCUGAAUAUAUUGGUUU